AUGAUCAUUUUUUAUUGGAAUGCUAGAGGGGUUGUUGGCCCAAGCUUUGCAAAGACAUUAUGGGAAUAUACUCAGCAAUUUAAACCUGACUUGGUUGCGAUUCAGGAGACCAAGUGUGGGGGAGAAAUAGCAAAGAGAUCUAUUCAGAAUUGUGGCUUCAAUUUCCAUCUGACGGUGGAUGCUCAAGGCUUCUCUGGAGGGAUCUGGCUUUUGUGGAAUAACCCAAUUUUUCGCAUUCAAGAAAUUAGCAGGCAUAACCAAGCCUUGCACGUUCAGAUUGAGAAUGGGAUGGAGCAUUGGAAUCUAACUGUGGUAUACGCUAAUCUUCAGGAGACCAAGAGAAGAGAAAUUAGGAGCUUCAUUAGCGACAUUGCAGACACAGUCCAAGGCCCUUGGUUACUUUGUGGAGACUUCAAUGAUAUCGGGAGAAUAGAUGAGAAAAAGGGUGGGGCUCCUCCAGAUAAAGCUCAAAUUAGGAAGUUUACAGAGUGGAUUGACCGUUGCAGUCUUAUUGAUUUGGGUUUUAAUGGCACGAAAUUUACUUGA